AACAAGCGUGCGAAGCUGCGCUCAUCCCUCCGGUUCGCGGGCUGAGACACUCCGUGAACGGUGGAAGUCACGUUUACCCUCCAGAGAAGAGUUAGAAGCAGUCGGACGACACAGCGGGUCAGAGGCGUCACUGCGCGGCGGAACCAUGUCGGCCUCACCGGCGAAAGUCAGCAGAAAGGAGAACUCUAAUCACGACGGAGCGGAGGAGACUUCUGAGAAAGAUCAGCAGGAGGCCAUCGAACACAUCGACGAAGUCCAGAAUGAGAUCGACAGACUGAACGAACAGGCGAGCGAAGAGAUUUUAAAAGUAGAGCAGAAGUACAACAAACUCCGCCAGCCCUUCUUCCAGAAACGAUCAGAGCUCAUCGCCAAGAUCCCAAACUUCUGGGUCACCACCUUCGUCAACCAUCCACAAGUUUCAGCUCUCCUGGGGGAGGAGGACGAGGAGGCCCUUCACUACCUGUCGAGGGUGGAGGUCACAGAGUUUGAGGACAUCAAGUCUGGAUAUAGAAUAGAUUUUUAUUUUGACGAGAACCCGUACUUUGAGAACAAAGCCCUCUCCAAGGAGUUCAACGUCAAUGAGAGCGGAGACCCGGUUUCCAAAUCCACGGAAAUCAAAUGGAAGGCUGGAAAGGACCUGACGAAGCGGACGGGCCCGACGCCCAACAAGGCCGGGAAGAAGCGUCAGCACGAGGAGCCGGAGAGCUUCUUCACCUGGUUCACCGACCACUCCGACGCAGGCGCCGACGAGCUGGGAGAGGUCGUCAAGGACGACAUCUGGCCCAACCCGCUGCAGUACUACCUGGUCCCUGACAUGGAGGAUGAGGAAGGGGAUGGCGAUGAUGACGACGAAGAGGAGGGACUUGAAGAUAUUGAUGAGGAUGAGGAAGAGGACGAUGAGGAGGACGGAGAGGAGGACGGGGAGGACGACUGAAGCUCCUGUGAUGUCAUCGGCCCAGAGCAACAUGCUGAGGGGGAGGGGCCACAUGUUGUUGGGGGAGGGGCUAAACAAACUGCCGCUGUGCCGUCGGUCCUCUGUAGCCACGCCCAUCCCCCGAUGUCGACCUGCUCCACUCAGCAGGUCGACAUCGGGUCUCACCGCCGUUGUUCUUCACGUCAUCCUGAAGUCUGUAAAAUAUGUCAGUUGGUCAAAGCAUCCGGAGCCAGCAUAUAGAUCUAUAGAUCUAGAGAUAUAUCUAUAUAUAUCUCUCUACCUAUGGGAUGUGUGUACAUGCAUGGGGGGUGAUGGCCAUGGGGGGUGAGGGCUUCCUGCAGUGGAACCGAAGCAGCAGCUGUUCUGGGUUUGUAGGUUUAAAGGGGCGGGGCUUCAACACAAUCUGGACUUCUGUUAAACAUUCUAAUGGACACAACAAGGUUUGAAAUGUACAUUUUUUUUAUAGAAACAACCUAAAAGAUCUAAUUUAGAGCUUGGCCUAACCUUUUGAGAUGGGAGGGAACAACGGGUCUGCAGUGUUUCUGUUCCUCUGGAAACCUGCCGAGUUACAUUCAGUGUACCAGUUGCUUUGUUACAAUAAAUACAUGAAGUUUGA